AUGUCGGGUCAGGGAGCACCGCAGCUGCCGGUCGAGCUGCUCGAAUACAUACUCUUGAUGCUGUCUAGAACGGACCUGCAGCCGACUACGCUCGCGGUGAUCAAGGCCUGUUUUCGUAUGUCGCUCUUGUCGUCGGCAUUGCUGCUGCGCCACCUGCGCAUCACCCGGCCAGGCCAGGCCGCACAGUGCCUCGCCAAGUUGCGCCAACAACCGAGGUGGCCUGCACUCGUGCGCACUGCUGUCGUAGAAUGCUGGAGGUCAGUGCGGCGUUGGCGAUCCGGAACUCGGGGAAAGAUGACGUCGUGUUCGAAGGCCUCCGGGUGCAGUCCAGCUUUCAUUGCAUGGAGUACCUCUCUGACCGAAUUUGUUACCGCAACAGAGAUGAUCCUCAACUCAUCAUCAACUUGGUGGCCGCGUUGCCCGUCCUCACCUCGCUGCGCAUGACGAUUGGACCCAUGUUCGCGCCGGACCAUCUCGAAGAAAUGCUCGAGCGCCCGACCUUUCGAGCUUCGAUACAGCAAUUAUGGCUGCGUUUUAACCCUUAUGUACUCGAGAGGUCCUACUAUUCCUUUCUCAAGGUAAGAUGCUUGCCUUCUCGUACAGGAUCCAAAGUUAGUGAUGUCUAAUACCGAGCUAUCCUCGCUUUCGGACAGGGCGCCUACUUCGAUACCGCACCUUUGGCGAUCGCCCAGUGGCCGGUCGAGGCCGCACCUCAUCUUCGUUGUCUGGCGUAUGCCCAAGACCUUCUACCUUCGCACGGCAUCGUGCGUCGACCAACCCCGGCGUUCGGCCUGCAAGAACUGACCGAUUCGCUCGACGAGUUCGGCGCGGAACCCCCGGCAACGUCGGCAUCGUUAACACCUGAUAAGCCACCGAUCCAAUUGCCGGACACCUCGGGACCUCGGUUGGCAAAACGUCUCGAGGCCGAAAAGGCGGACUUUGCUCAGCCCAUUGUGAGUUUCAAGAUAACGAGAAUGAGAACCUGAAUUCCGGCUGGUGUAUGAUAAGAGACAGUUGUGAAAGGUCGUCCAUCUGCUUUCGGUUCGACGACCUUAUGGCGCUCUGACCUCGCGCUGCAUACCUCGAUCCAGGUUUUCCACCGACUCUAUUGCAUCACCGCCUUGGCCACCUCCCCCAUCGGCUCUCAAUUGACCCAUCUCGUCCUUCGCUUGCCUCGUCGCAAUGUAUUACUCUCGUUGACUGCCUACAUAGUCUGGCCACCCCCGCGACCGUUUGCCUCACUGCUUUCGAUCGACCUUUCCACAACGCAUAUCGUCGCCGAUCAACGGCUACCGCUUUUCCUGAGGUUGCAUCCAAAUCUUCGACAUCUGACACUGGAUCGCUGUUCGGGAUUGAUCGGGGAUCGCGAAGCUGAUCAACCGGCGGCGAUCAACACCCUCAAAUGGCUAGGUAGGAAGUUCCGCGUCCGGCUCUUUUCCAUUCCCAGAUACUGACCCCCGUCCCUUGUGUGCGCCUCUUCGCUAGGUCACACCUGUGCGAGUAUUGGCAAGACGCGUGCCGAUGAAGCCCUGAGGCAAUGGCGCAAACUUGUUCGCGAUCGCUCAGAAGUUGCCGCUCCAGGAUCCGGAUCCGCGACCUCGUCGGCUGCACCAAUGCGUCGACUCCGUCCUGGAUCGAUGUUGUCCCUUCAGCACGCGCCAGCGCAACCCUCCCCUGCACCCUCGCACGCGGUUGUUAGAGAUUUACUCAUCGUCGCCCCUCCACCUCGACUCGAAUCCCUCGGGCUAGGCUUGUUCGACCUCGCAGCGCAGCUCGUCCCGUUGUGGCGCGAGAACUUUGCCGAAGGAUACGUUGAAGCCAUGGAUCGAUGUAUUGCCAAGCUGCGUGAGCAAAUCGCCCGAUGGGAAGCGUGGAACGAAGCCGAUAAGCUGAGGGAUGGGACUCGGCGGAUGAUCGCGUUCAAGGAGGAACUACCGUCAUUCGACGCAAACGGGCCUCGGCUUGGACAACAAGACUUCGAUGAGGAUCCCUUGUUUUCUAGCUUCCUCUCGACCAACGGUAUGAUUGUCGUCGAUGCAAGCUGGGCUCGGUCGGUCCUGUCGACCUACCUGUCCAAACUGGGAGGGUUCAUCCUCUGCCUGACGCCGGAUUGCUCCAGUGCUCGGGGGGUCGCCCAUCUUUCGCUUGCGUGGAACGGAGCCCAGGACAGGCAGGAGAGGGAACGGAACGAAAAGAUGAAUUGGGAGAGGGAGAGAAUAGAUCGGAGAGCGUGGAGAAGACCUGCUGAGGAGCAUGAGGUUGGGUGCGCGCACGUGCAGAGUCGAGUGGCUUGGGAGGAAGAGGAGGAUUGA